AUGCGUCUUCCUCAGCUUGCUUUCCUCGUCAUGCCUUUGGCUACUCUCGUGGUCGGUGGCACCGUCAGCCGAAAUGCUGAGGGCCUCGGUGGCCUGACAGAGCGGCAGACCUGCCUUUGUUCUCCCCAGGCCAAAGUCUGCGAUGUGACCUUGCCCAACCUUUGCUGCUCUGGUGUAUGCGCAUCAGCCGCAAAUUCUAUUCUCUUGAAUGCAGGAACAUGUUCCGCACUGCAUGCACUUCGAACAGCAACUGCUGCAGUGGUAGCUGCGUUAGCACCAAUGGUGGUCCUUACUUGUGUGUGCUGGACAGUAAUUCCUAACACCAAGAUUCAUCUUGGAGCAAAGGAAUUUAACGGCAGUUAUGGUUACGGUGUUCACGAAAAGAAAUCUGAUUACGACGACUCAGCAGUGGGACCUAUUGCUAAGUCAGCCGAGUUGCGAAAGUUUUCAGUCAUCCUCAAAUAUCGUUUGAUAAGGGUGUCCAUGAGCACUCAUCGAAAAGUUAAACAUUUUGAAAUGUACGCGCCGGAUGACUGUGACAGCCCGCGAACCGAGGAAUGGAUAGAGCUUUCCAAAGGUUUCAGCCUGUUUCUCAGCAUGCGCGUUCCUUUCCUUUCUGCUACACUUGCAGCCCUGGUGACUAUCGCAGUCGGAAGUGCUGUCACCCCAGACAUUCACGCUCUCCGUAACCCUCUGCUGCAGUGGCGCUUGCACGCAAACGUCGAGUGA